AUGUCCAUCUUCCAGGAUGCCCGCAACGGGACCCUUUCGAAAUACAAAAUCGACGAUUAUCUCAAGGGUGACCCAAACAUCCUUGAGUCCAUAAAUCCCUCCAACGGCCUGACGCCUCUUGGGACUGCUGUGGUCGCUGGAAUUCCCAACGUUGUGGAAAAUCUGCUCAAGAAGGGUGCCAAGGCAGACGCACCAUCCAGAGAUGGAGAGACUCCUCUGCUCCUCGCCACUUCGAAGACGACCAAGGAGCGCCCCAAGAUUGUCCAGCUGCUUCUUGCAUCCACUCCAGCCGGUUCGGUUGACAGCACUACAGAUGCCGCUGGAAAGAAAACACCUCUCAUGUUUGCCAUUGAGAAUCGGGACAUCCAGUCCAUCCGGAACUUGCGCCGUGCCGGUGCUUCUCUGACCGUCAAGAAUGCCGCUGGCACUACGGCUCGAGAUGAUGCCGUCGCUACCAAAGACAUGGCUGUCGUUCGUGCGCUCAACCCCGACCAGGAGCGUCGCGCUUCUGGAAUUGUCACUGACAUGGUCCUCGCUUUCCUACUCUACAUUGUGGCCUGGAUGAACAGUGCUCUUGAGGACGCCGUCCGUCGCGCAUCCGGCCUAAGCGGUCAAGAGGAUCCUGGGAUUGACACCAAUGUGAACAAAGGCAUCACCCCAAACAAGAACCAGUUCCAGAGAAAUGUCGACAAGUAUGUCAACGAGAAUCCAGUCCUCAAAAACUUCUUCAAAGACCGGCCGGACUUCAUCCAGGAAGUUGCCAAAAAGGCGGCGAAUCUGGAGAAGGAAGAUGAGCCUCUUGGCGACAAAGAUACUCUUCCAAAGACCAUCAAGGUGUCGCUGCACCAGCAGGUGAUUUACUGCGGCAACUCCAUGAAGCGCGAAGGUCGCUGGGCAAACCAAAAGGCACUCAUCGGACGCAUCGCCAAAAUCACCACCAAGAUUCUCCCCGACGGCGAAGGUGUUGCUUUGCGUUUCAUCAACCAGGACAUUGACAACUCGUCCAACCUUACUUUCGACCAAAUCAGCAACAUAAUCCAGCCUAUGAGCUGGCAGCCUAAUGGUGACACGGAUAUUGGUACCAACCUGAAGCGCAAGAUCCUUGAGCCGCUCGUGUACGCCAAGAUCGCCAACAAGACCUUUGAUCGACCUCUCCUUGUAUCUAUCAGCACUGAUGGUAUGCCCGAGCCGGAGAACAAGCAGGAGCUUGCCAAUGCGAUUGUAGAGUGUGGUAACAAGCUGGAGGCUGCUAACUUGCCCCGUGGAAGUGUGAAAUUCAUGAUUGGGCAGGUCGGAACAGCCAGCUCUGCCGAGCAGUUCCUCAACAGUCUUCGAGACACCCAGGCCAUCAAGAGUGUGACUUUCGUGACCUCAGACAAACUCGACGACAAAUUCUCCGAGUUCAACGAGAACGAGGGCAAGCUCGAUCGCUGGUUGAUUGAGACUCUCUUUGCGCCUAUCGCCGAUGCCAACACUGGCUAA